AUGGUGAUCAAUGUGCUUAUUUUGGUUGUGAUUUUUUUCUGCACAGAGAAAGGAAACCUGUAUGCCACUGGGGGUAACAGUGAAGGACAACUGGGAUUAGGAGGCACAGAAGAAAGAAGUGCAUUUCAUCUAGUUAAUUAUUUUACCAGUCAGCACAAGAUCAAACAGUUAGCAGCUGGAUCCUACACAUCAGCGGCAUUAACUGAGGAUGGACAACUUUUUAUGUGGGGAGACAACUCUGAAGGCCAAAUAGGCUUGGGUAAUGAAGCUAAUGCAUGUGUUCCUCAUCAAGUGGAUGUUGGGAAACCUGUUUUCUGGAUCUCUUGUGGAUAUUAUCAUUCUGCCUUAAUAACAUGUGAUGGAGAACUUUAUACUUUUGGGGAGUCUGACAAUGGGAAACUAGGUUUGUCACUUGAACAACUGAAAAACAAUAGAGUCCCACAGCUUGUUUCUGGAAUUCCAAGAAGAGUUAAUAAGGUUGCCUGUGGAGGAGGACAUACAGUAGCACUGGCAGGAGGAGAGGUCUUUACCUUUGGCCUAGGCCAAUAUGGGCAACUUGGACUUGGCACAUUUAUCUUUGAAACUUCUGAACCAAAGAUGGUAGAUCAUCUGGGAAAGCAAAAAAUAUGUAACAUUGCAAGUGGAGAAAACCACACAGCUUUAAUAACAGAGAAUGGUCUUAUGUAUACUUUUGGUGAUGGACGGCAUGGCAAAUUAGGACUUGGGAAAGAAAAGUACACUAAUCAGUUUGUACCUACAUUAUGUUCUAAUUUUUUGAGGUUUACUGUCCAUUUGGUAAGUCUUCAUUAUUUAAGUUUGCAAUAA